UGGUGAUAACAUUUUUCACGGAGAAAUUAAUUUACGUUGAAGUGGAGUGGCCAGACCGAGGUUAUUAUUGUUGCUUUGGUAUAAACGUCAUCAGUCGGCCGUUAGUUGACCGCCAUCGCCCAAGCUUGCGACGAAUGAAUACUACUAUCGCCAGUUCGGCACCGCCUUUCCUGCAGAUUGUGACAUCUGUUAUGUGCGCGUGUCGUUAGAUAAAGAAGUGCUGUGAUUGGAUUGCUUUCAUCCAACUGUGGAAUGGUUCCGGGGACCUGGCGCUGUCUUGUUCAAUUGUGCGGUUGAGGUGAGCUGAUCACCAUGGGCAAACUACUCUCGAAGAUCUUCGGAAACAAGGAGAUGAGGAUAUUGAUGCUGGGCCUUGACGCUGCCGGCAAGACUACUAUUUUAUAUAAACUAAAAUUAGGUCAGUCAGUCACAACGAUACCGACGGUCGGCUUCAAUGUGGAAACCGUCACGUAUAAAAACGUCAAAUUCAACGUCUGGGACGUUGGGGGGCAGGACAAAAUACGACCGCUAUGGAGGCAUUACUAUACGGGCACCCAGGGUCUAAUAUUCGUGGUGGACUGCGCAGACCGCGACCGCAUCGAUGAGGCGCGCCAGGAGCUCCACCGGAUCAUCAACGAUAGGGAGAUGCGCGACGCCAUCAUUCUCAUCUUCGCCAACAAGCAGGACUUGCCUGAUGCAAUGAAGCCACACGAGAUCCAAGAGAAGUUAGGGCUGACGCGCAUCCGCGACCGCAACUGGUACGUGCAGCCGUCGUGCGCCACGUCGGGCGACGGGCUCUACGAGGGGCUCACGUGGCUCACCAGCAACCACAAGUUAUGAGCUGCGGAGUAGGCGGCCGCCGCCGCCCGCCCCAAGCCCGCCGCUCGCACGCCACGGUGAGGAUAUCGAUGCCAUUUAAUUUAAGUAAACAGCGCGCGCGUUGAACCGAGUAACUUCCACGUGACCCAGUGUGUGUGAGCGUCACUGUAGUGCGAACGCCCGGACUCAAUUAUUAGCUAGAUCGAGUGAACAACGUCACACAAAUAUCAAAUCAAUUAUUCCAUUAUUUAAUUUAAAAUACAGAGCGAUUGUUGUAUCGAAAUGUUUGAUUAUUUUUUUAUGUUAUUUAAAAAGAAUGAUUACGUAGAGUAAAUGAGUUUUUAUUAUUAUUA